AUUUUCACUACUAUCAAUGUACUCGAUCGAUAUUAUCUAAACUCGCCUCCAUUUAUACUCAUCAUAUUCACAUCCAACUCAUGAUCAUUACCAAUUUCAGAAAGAAAAAAAUGGAAACUUCGAGAAACACAAAUCUGAUUUUCUCUCUCAUCGCCGCUCUCCUACUUUCUCUCUCAUCGGCCUCUUCAGACGAGUCUUUCCUCCGGUGCCUGAACAACCACUCCGACCCCUCCAGUCCGAUCUCUGCAAUUCUCUACGCUCCAAACAACGCCUCCUAUUCAGUUAUUCUCCAAAACUACCUCAACAAUCUCCGCUUCAAUUCAUCGUCAACUCCGAAGCCACGAUUCAUCCUCACCGCGCUGCACGUCUCCCACGUUCAAGCCGCCGUCGUCUGCGCAAAAUCCCACGGCCUGCAAAUCAAAAUCCGCAGCGGCGGCCACGACUACGAGGGCCUCUCCUACACCUCCGACUUCGCCGAUUUCUUCAUCCUCGACAUGUUUAACCUCAGAGCCGUCGACGUCAGCGUCGGCGACGAGACGGCGUGGGUCGGGGCCGGCGCGAUUCUCGGUGAAGUCUACUACGCCAUCGCCGAGAAGAGCGCCGUCCACGCCUUCCCCGCCGGGGUCUGCCCCCGCGUCGGCGUGGGCGGCCACUUCGGCGGGGGAGGCUACGGCAACAUGAUCCGCGCCCACGGCCUCUCCGUCGACAACAUCGUCGACGCCACGAUGGUCGGCGUCGACGGCCGCCUCCUCGACCGGGAGUCCAUGGGCGAGGAUCUCUUCUGGGCCAUCACCGGCGGCGGCGCCGCCAGCUUCGGCGUCGUGGUGUCGUACAAAAUCAAACUCGUCCGCGUCCCGCCAAAAGUGACCGUUUUCAAAAUCCAACGGUUAUAUAACGAGAAUUUAACAAACCUCGUGUACAGUUACAUACAAACUGCGGCGGCGGACAGUCUGCCGCCGCAGCUCUUCAUCAGGAUGAACCUCGACGUUGUGAACGUCGCCAGCACUGCGACGAACCGAGCCAGGUUCGUCGCAAUGUUUCUCGGUGCGUCGGGGAAACUCGUUCCCCUGCUGCACGAGAAAAUUCCCGAACUAGGAUUGAAGCAAACGGAUUGUCUCGAAAUGAGCUGGAUCGAAUCGGUUCUCUUUUGGAGCAGUUUUCCGGCGGGAACUCCGGCGACUGCUCUUCUCAACCGGAAACCUCCAUCUGUCAAUUACCUGAAAAGGAAAUCGGACUACUUGAAGAAACCGAUUCCGAAGCCGGAAUUGGAGCUCAUAUUGAGGAAGAUGGUGAAGCUGGAAGCUCCGGAGUUGGUGUUCAACCCCUACGGCGGCAGAAUGGCGGAGAUACCGCCGUGGGCGAAGCCUUUCCCGCACAGAGCCGGCAACGUCGCGAAGCUGCAAUACGCGACGAAUUGGGAGGAAGGCGGCGAGGAGGCUGCGAAUCGGUACGUGAAUUUGACGCGGCAGCUGUUUGAUUACAUGACACCGUACGUGUCGGCGGCGCCGAGGGAGGCGUUUCUGAAUUACAGAGAUCUCGACAUCGGAAUCAACGACAAUGGCGGCGGCAGUUACGCGCAGGGAAAGGUUUACGGUCUGAAAUAUUUCAAGGAGAAUUUCUACAGAUUGGUGAAGAUAAAGACCAAUGUUGAUCCUCAUAAUUUCUUCAGAAACGAGCAAAGCAUUCCGGUUUUGCCCAGCUAAUAAAUCAUGAAUUAUUGUUUGAUUAAUUUGUAUUUUAACAAAAAUGGAUAAUGAAUUGUUUCUA